AGAAAUAAUAAAUUAAUGAAGCGCGUUGUAAUGGAAAUGCGUAUGUGUGAUAAAAGCCGAAAGUAAAAGUGAAUAUGUGAGAGCAAAGCAAAAGAGUGAGGUAAGAGAAGGAAGUACUGGAUGUUGAGGAUGUAAAGGGGAAAAAAUAAUCCAAAGCCUAGCCGAAACGGCUAGAGCAAGAUAAAGAGCAUCCAGCAGCAAACACAUACAUUUAGUUUUAGAGAAGUGAGAGCGAGAGAAGAAAGAAGUAAAGUCUUAUAGUAGUUGGUCUUUUGCGCUGGUGCUUUUGUGUGAGUAUCAGCGCGAGUACAAUAUAUAAUAAUAUACAUAUAGAAGAGUAAGAGCAAGAAGUUGCGAGUACGAAGAGGGGAUGUCUACGGUGUGUACCAGCGGGGUGGUAAAGAGAGGGGAGUAGUUGUACCGAGCAGUAUUGAAGAGUGAAGAGUAUAUGUGUAGUACGUAUCAAGAGGGGGCAACGAGACUACAGAAGAAGGGAGCGAAGCUGAAGCCGCCGAACGGUCGAAAGCGCAUACCAUCCCAUAAUUCGGUGCGCCGCCCCGCAAUCAGGUUCGUGUACGUUCUCUUUAUAUAUUUGUUAUAAUAUAUAUAUUGAGCAUCAUACUCAUUAAAUUAUGGCUGUGAAUCUUUGUACUAGUAAAAGACAAAGAUCUCAGGCGGCGGCGGAAUAUUUUUAUCAAGACUGAAGAACAAUUUAUGUUUUGAGUUAUAAAAUUAUUAUUUUUUAAAUUUAUUUAACCAAUUAAAAAACUGGGCAAAAGACAUUUUUUACAAGACUUAGAUAUGAAAUUUUUGUUGAAAAAUUCAGCAAGUGUUUAAACGCGUAGAAAGUGAUUAGAGUGAAGAGCAGAAAAAAUAUACAGAAUAAAAAAGUAUACUGAGUAAAAAAAAGUAUAUACCAAAAUAAAAUAAAAUAAAUAAGAAAAAAAGUGGUAUUUGUAGUUGAAGUGAGGUGCCACUGCGCUUACAAUAGCACCUUUGGUACCCUCGGCCGUGGGUCCCGAGGGGGUGGACGCCAUGGCGGCCUCUUCGUCGUCCUCAAACAGCGAGCAACAGUACUCGCUCAGAUGGAAUGAUUUCCAUUCGAGCAUACUCAGCUCAUUUCGGCAUUUACGUGAUGAAGAGGACUUUGUUGACGUUACACUCGCCUGCGAUAGUAACAGUUUCACUGCACACAAAGUUGUAUUGUCUGCUUGCAGCCCCUACUUCCGAAGACUUUUAAAGGCAAAUCCAUGUCAGCAUCCAAUAGUUAUUCUCAGGGACGUUGCGUCGUCAGACAUGGAGUCAUUGUUAAGGUUCAUGUAUCACGGAGAAGUCCACGUAGGUCAGGAACAACUAGCGGCCUUUCUCAAAACCGCUCAGAUGCUUCAAGUAAGAGGACUUGCGGACGUUAAGAGCGGCACCGCAGGAGCUAAAAUUCCAUCUGGAUCUGAGACGCGAGAUCACACGGAAUCACCGGUGACGUCGAGGAACACGUGGCAUGACCGAGGUGAUCCAAGUGACAGCGGUCUAAGUCCACCACCAGAAAAAAGGUCCAAAAGUUAUUCACCUCCAGUGGGAAAUCACCUCGAGCAGCUGAAAGGCGCCGCUGCUGAUCUCCAGGAAUCGCUUUUAGGACAGGCUCUUGAAGGCGGACCUACGAUACACACACCGAAUAAUGAUAUUAAGGCUCAAUCAACUGGCGAAGAUUCAAAUUCCGCGUCUGAUAAUGACGAAGAAAUGUCGAAUAACGACAGUAUUCUCAAUUCAGUCAAGGCCGAACCCAAUGACAUUCUCAAUGACUCUCUGGAACAUCAUCGUGGCACAUUCCCCGCGGCGCUUUUGGGACUUCAAGGAUUAAUGCCUGGACCUUCCGGAAUACACGCUGCGAAUCAGGAUCCAAAUUACGUUGCAAGACGUGGUCUGGACAUGAUGCGGGUACGAGCGACAGAUCCGCGACCAUGCCCGAAGUGCGGUAAAAUAUACAGAUCCGCCCACACGCUGAGGACCCACUUGGAGGACAAGCACACCGUGUGUCCAGGCUACCGGUGUGUGUUGUGCGGAACUGUCGCCAAGUCCCGGAACUCCCUGCAUUCGCACAUGUCACGCCAGCACCGCGGAAUCAGUACCAAGGAUCUGCCAGUGUUGCCAAUGCCGAGCCCGUUCGAUCCUGAGCUGGCCUCGCGACUGCUCGCCAAAGCCGGGGUAAAAGUAAGUCCCGCGGAGCUGAGAGCCCGCGCAAGUCCAACUGGCCCACGACGAAGUGAUAUGCGUCUUGAGCUGCCCAGGGGGGCACCGUCAGAAGCUGGGAGCUCCGUCUGCGGAGGCGAUGACCCGGAAGACCUGACCCUGCCGCUGAGCCUGAGGUACGGCUCGCCGACUCCGAACAACAACACGGUGAUCACCAAGAUCAACCAGCAGAGCAAAGCAGCCACCGCGAUAGCUGCCAAGUCCGCGAUCGAGGGCCUGAUGCAUGCUCACAGUCGCGAGCCCAACACCGCGCCUUUGCACCCUGCAGGGCUACCUCUCACGCCCAACCACCACCAGUCGAUCCUCGACACGUACUUGCAGUAUUUCGCGGAGAACAGUCUGAACCCCUUCACGAUGAACGCCGCAGCGGUCCGCGCGAAGAUGGCCAUGUCUGGAGCCAUCGACGGGUUCGGACGCGGUGCCUCUGAUGACUAUCCCAUGAUCGGCCGUGAUGAAGGCAGACCUGGUGUCGUCAUGGACGACAGGAAUGAUCACCAAGACAGAGACCGCACUGUCGAUGAUGAGGAGGCCGAGUCUUCUCAUGCCGAGGACGACGAGUUCAGUGAUAAUGACGAACCAGAAGCUCUCAAAGCCGAGUAAUUAUACUCACUCAACUACCAAUCGAUUAUUUUAUUUGAUUAUGAAGUACCCAGGUACUUUUACCAGUCUAAAAGGCUCUACCGACAGGAUCCAUCCUCUACCUCAUAGUUAAUAGACUUUUGUUGCUUUUUUUAUCUUUACUAAUAUUAAUUAAUGGUUUUUAGAGUCAGUGCUAUGCCAGCAGUUGUCUUACUCAGAGUAUAAAAGUUUGUAUUCAUAUACAAUUUCUUUUAUUUUUAAAAAGAUUAUUUUUUAUUAAAGUUACGAAGAGUUUCUGUCAAUUGGUCAGAUAAUAUUU